GUCGUUUUCAUUCUUCUUCUUCUGCAAAAUCGAUUUAGUCGAUUAGGGUUCUUCAUUCGACAAUUUUAUAAGAAAAUGAGCACCAACAGCUACUACUCAUCCGCUUCCAGUUCAGGAUUUCGUGUCUGUCCUCCUGGUGUCCCCUCGAAAUGUUGGUGUGGAGAAGAGAUCAUUACAUUCACAUCGAAAACAAAGGAGAAUCCAUACCGGAGAUUCUACCGUUGUGCGAUAGCAAUGAAGAGAGAAAAUGAAGAGCACUUGUUCAAAUGGGUUGAUGAAGCUCUCUUGGACGAAAUUAAGAUGGUAAAUGAGAAGUGUAAGAGAGUUGCAGAGAAUAUUAGUGACCUCAGAAUGAACGUGAUGGUUAAUAUGGAGCUCCUUAAUAAAAACGCUAAGCAGAUGGAGGAAGAGCUGAUUAAGAAGAUGGAGGGUGAACUCUUGACCAUGAAGGAGAAUGUGGAAGAGCUAGGUAGGACAUGUCAUGGCAAAGUCAGCUUUGAAGACUGUAGGGGUUGCUGUUGUGAUUGUUGCAUCUAUUGUAUGGCUUUGGGGAAGAGUGUAGGUGUUGUUGAGGUUUUGGAGUGA